AUGCUGUCCAUGCAACGACACUUUGCGCGCGUGACGUCCAAACGGUCGGCCGAUGACAGCCAGAUCGCAGUGCUGUUGAAGGAUUUCGAAGAUGGCGAUAUGCUGAUGACCAAGAUCGUGGAUUCCAGCCAGUCCUGGCGCGAUGCCUGGGUCUCCAUUGCUACUUUCCAGAGUCGCCUGGUCGACGAGUUCGAUGGGCUUUAUGGUCCCAUUGUCGGCACCUCCGAAACCCCUUCCAACCACAAGGCCAUCGAAACACCACCCGCCACUCUCGCUCGGACAAACAAACUACGGAAGGAAUAUGAUGAGUUGCGUACCGACCUGUUGCAGGAGCUCGAUGCCGUUGAGCAGCGUAUGACCCGGCCAGCUGCGCAAGCCAAGGAGUCUCUGACUCCAAUGAAGAAGACCAUCAAGAAGCGGAAUGAUAAAAAGUUGGAUUUUGAGCGCCACCAAGGCCGUGUUGAUGGCCUCGUUAAGAAGCCCAAGCGCUCCGACCGCGAUAAUACGAACCUUGCCAAAGCAGAAACAGAGCUUGCCAACGCCAAAGUGGUGUAUCAAGCAGCCGAUGACGACCUCCGACAGCGGCUCCCAACACUGAUCUCACUCAUAUUCUCACUGGCGCCAUGCGUCCUCGAGGCCCAGAUCGAAAUCCAGAACCGUAUGCUGGCACACUACUACACAGUACUGCACACAUACUGCGAAGAAGAACAGUUCCCAUCUCCACCGCCACCUAUGGAACAAGUGAUUCAAGAUUGGGAGUACGACUCGCAGCUCGUCCAGCAGAAAAUCGAAAGAUUCGGCUGCAUCACACAAGGUAAGGCGAUCCGACAAUCAAUGGCCGCCGACGCCCAGAAUAAGCGACCGCCCAUGAGUAGCCGCGCAAACAGCAUGGCAUCGCAGGUCUCCAACAUGUCACAGCGCAAGCCCACAGUCCCUCCACCGAUCCCAGGCAACAAGCCAUGCGGCCUCGAAGCCAUCUCGCCGGCCACAACACCAUCAAUCGCAACCCCCUGCGACUCAAUCUCCAUCUCCAGCUCCGCCGCCACCACUCCGCUCCCCACCGGCGGCGACUCCUACAUGCCCCCGCCGCCCGUGGCUCCCAUCCCACCAGCUCCGGUCCAAAAGCCGACUCCCCCAGCCGGCGUGCAGUUCUCCCCUGCCGGCCCCAACAUCGACCAUUUCCGGCUCGCCCGCCAGACCACCACCACCUCAUCCUCGGCAUCUAGCCUGUCCUCUUCUGCGGCCCUCUCGGACGCCAUCAAGCUCAAGAAGGCGCGUCCACCGCCCCCGCCGCCCGCUGCCCGCUCGGCCACUUUUGUCACUGCCCUGUACGACUUCGACGGCCACCGUAACGGUGACCUGGCUUUCCGCGAGGGCGACCGCAUCCGCGUUGUCGAGAAGACAGACAGCACGGAGGACUGGUGGGAAGGCGAGCUGAAGGGGGUGAAGGGGGCUUUUCCGGCGAACUAUGUCGAGGAAUAA